AUGGCGGCAUCAGCCCGACAGAAUGGGCGGACCCUCCAAGCAGAGAUGCAGGCUCAAGGUUUCAAGGACUUUCACGCCUUCAGCAAAUCCUGCCCUCGUUUUCGAAAGGGCUGCUGGCCGAUAGAGCUCGCCGAAUUGGGGAGCGGCUAUGUGCUCUACUUCCAGUUCUUGGGCUUCCUCAUGUGCAUCUUUCUCGCGCACUUGUGCCUGCAGGUCCCUGUCAUGGCGAUCUACUCAGAGGCUAGCAACCUCGCAGACUGGUAUCAUCUUGAUGAUUGGACGAAGGCAUACAGCGACGAUGCAACUAUGUGCAACUGCAUCGGCAACUCUGCCGGUGUGGGAGCGUCCUGCGGUGCCUGGGAUAUGCCACUCUGUGAGAACGAGACGUCAUGUGCUUUCAGCACUCCUGGCAAGUAUGUGUGUCAAAGCUGGUGUUACACGUCCAAGUACUGUCCCAGAAUCGACAGUGCGAGUCCCUCCAUGCGGAAUGCCUACAUUUUCGAUGGGAGCAACAUCAACAUCCUUGUGAAGGCCUACUCGGCGUGUGAUCAGAACGCGUCGCUGACAUCACAGUGUACGGAUUUCCGGUCUGCGGACGUGGAGUACUCGGGCGCCGAUGUAGCGACGAACCAGGCGGUGUGGAUCGGCACUUUCUGGCUGUCACCGGGGAACACUGGCCCUGACGAGGCCACGAGUCCCAUCGUCCCGACGAUGUACACCGUCUGCCUGAUAGCCUUGUGCGUGCUGAUAGUCAUGGCUUACAGCAGCCAGGUCCUGACCGAUUACAAAGUGGAUGCUGGCACGAUCUCCCCGAAUGACUUUGCCAUCAUGGUCAAGGGACUCCCGUCAACUGCUACGGAUGAGGAUGCAAUCAUGGAGUUUUUCAAAGAGCAUGCCGUGAAGGGCAAGACGGACACAGAGAUCGUCAAGGUCGUGAUCGGUUGGGACAUUGAAGAGUUCCGAGAGAACAUCUCAAAGUUGAAGGAGCUGAAGAAGAGGCUGGAUGAGAAGGACAGUAGCGACCCGGAGGUGAAGAACAUCAAGGCGGAGAUGGCUCAAAUCACAACAGCCUUGAAGUCGGCAGGUACCAAGGAUGCCAAGCUCCGGUCGUCGGGCGUCGUGGUCGUGGUUUUCCGCCACCAGAGCGACAUGCGAGCUUGCUUGAGGAAGUGGACGUCUGUUUGGGCCCGGUGGUUCAGCUGUGAGGCCGAAGACGUGGGAUUCUUGUGGAGGAAUAACGCCCUCUGCAAGGGAGCGGCGCUGCCCAAGUUCCCAAUCGGCGGUCGGCCGAUCGCCACGCUUUCUGUCGCCCGCGCCGCAAACCCUGGCGACAUCCACUGGACAGAACUAGCUGUUCCAGCAAAUCUACGACGAUGGAGGCUUCUAACCACGAAUGGGGUCAUGUUCCUCCUGGUCGCUGCUUGCUUCGGGGCCGUUUACGGCCUGCGCCAGGCCAGUGAAGCCGUAAAGGAAGCCGGCGGCUCUGCCGGGAUAUGGCUGUCGUUGCUUCCAGCUCUUACGGUGGCUAUCGUAAAUGCGUUUCUGAUGGCUGCAGCUCGAUAUCUCGGAGACAAGGAGUACCACGACACCCUUACGGAGCAGGAGUUCUCGCAAGCUGCGAAGAUGUCGGUUGGCAUGGUGGUGAACACAGCCGGCGUGCUCUUCUUCAUUUACUCACAGCCGAAGGAGUGGUAUCAGGAUGGAGGCCUCGUCAACGGAGCCUUCACCAUGCUGUUGAUCAACGCAUUCGUGCCCCCACUUGUCCCAUACAUGGAUCUCGGUUUCAAAGUGCGAAGCAUGCAGCGCAAUCAACUCACUGACGAGAAGCUGGAGUAUAUGAACCAAGUGCUGAUGCGCGGGCCGAACCCCAAAGAUCCGGAGCAGAUCAAGGAGCUGAAGGAGGUGAAAGCUCAGAUUGAAAAGUUCAAGAAGGCUUGGGCGCCUUCUUCGAUGAACGCCACGAGGAGAUAUGCCAAUGCCUUGAAGACCUUCAUGUGCUGUCUGCUUUACGAGCCAGUCCUGCCCUUGAUCUCCCUCGUGGGUCUGAUCGGCUUGUGCAUGCAGUACUGGAUGGACAAGUACCUCCUCCUGACCUGGUACGCCAGGCCGAGCAAGCCCUUGAGUGCCGACAUCGCGAACUUCUUCGUGAGGUUCGUGAAGUGGGUUGGGCCCAUCUUCUACUCCGUGUCCUUCUUCAUUUUCGUCACUCCGUCGUAUGCAGACAAGAGCGUGGUGUUGUCCCAGUUCAUCAUCUGCAUAGUUAUUUCCACCAUAUUCUCGAUUGUCUUCCCGCUGUCGGUUUGGAUGCGUGUCUACCUGGGCAUGCCGUGCAGAUCCGAGAUGCAGAUGCUGGAGCACGAGAACGACUACUACCAGGCCCAGUACAUGUGGUCGAAGGAGAUGAAGUACCACAAGGACCAGUUCAUCUACAAGAACCUCCCUGAGGACAAGAAUCCCGAGAUGCUUAAACCCGGCGAGAGCUCGGCGAUCAACCCGGAGGACAUGAAGGACAGCUAUGGUGCUUCAGCAGAGAAGAUGGCUGAGGAUGCCACCUACGGAGUGACUGCCAAGGUGGCGCUGAAGGGCGGCCGUGUGGUGGCGACUGGUGCCGAUCCAGAUAGCAUCUCCACGGUGCCCACAAGCCCGACCCCUGCGCCAACCACGUAUGGUGUGGCGGUGUCGCCCGAGCCAGCACCCGGGCCAGGGCCCGCCGCGGCGGCCGAAGAGGAGGGACCCUCCGUGCCACUCGUGGGUGGCACGCUGCCGGGCACUGCAGAGACAGGCGGAGGUAGGCACGGCCGGGUGACCUGGGAGUAUGAGUGGAAGGACCACUUUUCUGCAUAUGACGGAGAUUGCCAGUCUUACAUUGAGCGCAAAUACCAGGAGUUCCUCAAGGGCGGCAGGGACCGUGUCAACGUGAGGACGCAGGGCUUUGAGGUCUCCGUGGAUUUCAAGCGGAUGACCAGCAAGAGGGAAAAGUCAGACCGUAUCCAGAAAAUCAGGCGCAAGGAGUCGGAGUGA